AGAUUGUUUUUCUCUUGAAAAUUUCUUCUUUGUCCUAUUAGUAAACAAUGUUUUCUCAUAUAUAUAAAGCAUACCCUUCUCCUUCCCUCUAAACAACUACACCAAUUCCUUCUCUCUCUCUUUCUCUCUCUCAAAAAAAUCUUCAUCAAUGGAGGAUAUCAUCAUGAAGAAACAAGCUUGUAUACCUACUUCUUCUCCAACUCGAUCACCACUAGCCAUGCAUAAAGAUUCACAAACAAUAUCCAAAGUGAAGCCAAAGAUUCGCAUAAUUCACAUAUUUGCUCCUGAAAUCAUCAAGACAGAUGUUGCAAACUUUAGAGAGUUGGUGCAAAGACUCACAGGGAAACCAGCUGAAAAGAGCCCCAAGAAGAAAUCAAGAAUUCCCAGAGGAACACAAGAUCAGCCAACAGUACGUACCAAGAAAGUGGAGCUAAGAACUGGGUUUGGGAAUUUGGGGUCUAGAGACAAGGUUAAAGAGGAAGAUGAAAUGUGGAAUGGUGCAAAUUCAGGUGGUUUCUUAGCAGGAUUUGCAGAUUUGGAUGGUUUCAUUCAAGAACUUGGUGAAUUCCCAAUGCUGCCUAUGGAGGCUAAUCAUCACAUGCAUGGUUUUGGAGAGACUCAACUUGUCUAAUGGAAAUCAUAUGGGUUUAAUUUCCUUCUAUUUUCCUCGCAAAUAUGCUUGAUCUUACAGUCUUUUUUUUUUUUUCCCUUUCUUUUGGGGGAUGGAUUAUAUUAGAUAAUUUAACUGAUGAAUUUUUCCUAUAUGUAUGUUUUUAUUUAUUUGCCUAUCUUUAAUUUUCUUGAUUUCUAAUCACUCUCUGCUGCAUGUAAAUACAAAGAAAAAAAAAAUCCUCAUCUCUUGCUUUUCCUGGAGAGAAAUGGCACUUACAUAUCCUGUCUGCCCCAUUUGGAUGUAAUAGAUCAGAAGUAAUCAACUGAUAUUAUUUUCA